UGACGUUUGGUUUGUUUACAUCCUACGUGUAUCACCGGAAGUCGUGAUUAAACGCCAAAUAGGUGUACAUACUAUAGUUUUUUUUUUUGGUUUUCCAAAGUUCAGCUUGCCACACACACAAAUUUUUGUUACUUGGUAUUAUUGUUUCAACGACGAUGCCCACAGCGGCCACGGCCAGAAGUCGCAGAACGCACAUCCUAUGACCCAAACCGGAAGGAAACAGAUUAUUUCAUGUUAUUAUUACCCGUCGAACGCAGAAAAAUGAUGUCGAUGAUGUCGUCCAGUAAUAGCGCUUUGGCCGUGUCUGUAUUGGUGGUUUUGAGUAUCGCCCACUCGGUUUACACGGAAGAAUCAAAAUGUCAGACUUACGCCGACGGCACUGUGUUUCCGUCGAGCUCUGCCGAGGCGACCGGCCACAAGCUCCAAUACACCAAGGCUCUAAUAUCGAAACCGGCUCCCGACUGGAAAGGAACGGCCGUAGUGGACGGCACGUUAAAAGAGCUAAAACUUAGAGACUUCCGCGGAAAGUACUUGGUGUUUUUUUUCUAUCCGUUAGACUUUACGUUUGUAUGUCCGACGGAAAUAUUGGCUUUCAACGACCGCAUUGACGAGUUCAGACAAAUCGGCGCCGAAGUGGUCGCGGCUUCGGUCGACUCUCAUUUCACUCAUUUGGCGUGGGUCAACACUCCGCGCAAAGACGGAGGACUCGGCAAAUUGUCUAUUCCUCUGUUGUCGGACAUGACCCACAGGAUAUCGAAAGACUACGGCGUUUACCUGAGCGACGUCGGCCAUUCGUUGAGAGGAUUAUUCAUCAUAGACAACAAAGGCGUGCUGAGACAGAUCACGAUGAACGAUUUGCCGGUCGGACGUAGUGUCGACGAAACCCUGCGGUUGGUACAGGCGUUCCAGUACACGGACAUGCACGGCGAAGUGUGUCCGGCCAAUUGGAAACCGGGCGAACAAACGAUCAUUCCCGAUCCUGUUAAGAAAAAAGAAUAUUUCGACAAACUCAACGAACUAUAAAAGAAUUUUAAGAGAUCUCGAAAUCACAUCACAUCACGGCCAAGACACAACGUUUGAGAGCACUUAUGACCUAUGUUAUAUAAUAUAUAUAUAUAUUUAUUUUUUUUUUUGUUAUAGUAUAUUAUUGAUAAGUUUAUUUUUACAGUAGAAUAAUUAACAAUUAUUUCUACUUGUUAUUUGUACACAAAUGUGUAUACCUACGAAUUAAUUAGUGUUAAUCGCCGUAAAAGGUAUAAAAUAGAAUUAUUAUUUUAAGUGAAUAAAUAAUAAAAAUAAAUGCACAA